CAGAAACCUGGUGUCGUGGUUCACAUUUAGCAUCAGGUAAUAUUAAUUUAUGCUGUAUUUUUUAAUGAAGUCAUACCUGUAGUUACUUCUUAACUUGCGUUCUGGAGGACUGUCCGAUACGUUUGUGGAUGUUAUUGGCGUAGCUACGGCCGACAGUAGCUACUUAAACUAACUGAAACUGAGGCUCGUCCACUUUUCCAAAUCCAUACCAGCUCGUAUGGGUCAUCGUCGAGUCCAGUUGUCCUUAAUUUGAUCUGACAAUCCACAUAUUUGCCGGUCUCUCCGUAUUUACUGCUACAUAACAAGAACGUGACGUCAUCUGGAAGCGUCGGAUGCUCCCCGAGCAGAUGUGGUGCACACACUGGUGACGGGGAACUGCGUAAAAAAAAUGUUUCCGUUGCGCUGCGAUAAACUGUUACAUCAAUACGUCUGAAAAAGAGUGUAAAAGUGUUUUAGCUAGAUAUUACCAGUCCAUUACCAGUUUUUUAUUGCAAUAUUUGGGUUUUGCGCAUUUCUAGGGGUGAUGGAAACACAGCAGCUGACACUCUGACUGACCUCUGAAAAAGUACCCACUUUUUUGACCCACUCUUAAAAUAAAAAACAUUGAUUUGAGCAACUUUAAUUAGGUUUUUAUAACUGUUCUCCCCUGCCACUCCCUCUCACUGCACCGCUUUGCUCCCUGCUUUUUCUGUCCGCUCCCCCCAUUACUCCCCCACUGUAAGUAAAUCAAUGGACAUACACUUUAUGCCAUUUAUUGAUCCUUUCAUAUCUGUGUGUCCUCUCCCCUCCUGUUCUUCCUCUCUCACUUUCAUACUCUCUCUCUCAUCCUAUUUCUCCUCUGAAUUUAUAAUCCCCCCCUCUCCCCUCCCUUCCCUCCCUUUUUCUCCCUCUUUCUGUCUCUCAGUCCCUUUCUCUUUAUAUCUCUCGCUCGGGGAUAUCCUAUUUAUAUGGCUGACACCUUGGAGCUUCUACUGAAGUGUGUGUGUGUGUGUGUGUGUGAGAGAGAGAGAGUGUUUGAUGUUAGCCUAAGUGGUUAACAUAAUAUGAGCCCUCCGAGAGAUGAUGUCCAGCCACUCACACAGACACACAAUUUUAGGCUUUUUGGUGGGCUUUUUAGUAUUCUCCGGCUCGUGCGGCAGAUCCGCGUAUUAUCCACCAAUUGCAUCCUCUCACUCUUUCGCUCCGUCCAAAAACACACACCUUUGUUCCUUGACCGCCUUCCCAGAACGGCGAAAACACGCCAUUAUCUUUUGUUAUUUAUUAUCGCGGAUGGAGCCGUCAUUUCAUGACCUCGCCGUCCCUCUCUCGUCCUCCUCCUUUUCUCCCCGCGUGUGUUUUUAUUUAUUCAGCCCUCUUUCUCUCUUUCCUGCCUUGUCCUCCUCCUCCUCCUCCUCCUCUCCGCAUUUUUAUGUUUAUUCAGACACAUCUCUCCCCCCCCCCUCCACCCCGCCACCGUUUCUCUCCCUCUGCACCCAUGUGUCCAGCUUUUCUGUUAACAGCCUUGUUUCCAUAACAACUGUGACCUUUCGCUCGGCGCAUAACCAGUUUUAAUCAGAAGUAGAGAAAGACGGAGAUGAGAUGAGACAGAGAAAAAAAGGGGGACGGGGAGUGAAUUGGGAAUGUUGCUCAGGUGAUGACACAGCACUGACAACAAAGCAGCUCCCACUCAGAAAGGAAAAAGAGGCGAGAGAUGGAAGCAGCGGGAUGAACCGUCGGGAUCGGAUCAAGUUUAGACGGGAAGCAACAGGUAACGAAGUGCUGCUCAAGUUCCAGCAUCUGCUAGCGACAAAGUGGAAGCAAAUGCGACACGCAACUGGCUCCAUAAUCCAUUUUACAAUCAUUUCCCCAUCGGUUAGCUUCUGUUCCUAGAAAUGUGGAUACAUUUAUAAAAGUAUUGAGUCUCGCUAACACGUCAAAGCUCAAAAUUUGACAUCCAGUGCGUGUGAAUUGAUACCGUACACUCACUCGCCAAAACAUUAACUGGUGAAAACAAAUGCAUUUUAAAGUAUAACAAUCGUGCACUAAACCCCCCUCUUCAUGACUGUUGUAAUGUUUAGUUAAUGCUGAAAAAAAAAAAAUCACCAUUUUGGAGGUCGCAUGUGACCCAAACUACACUACAAUGUGGUUGUCAAAAAUAAUAGAAACAAUGGUAAUCGGAUACAGUUUAUGAAAAAGUUUGGCUCAUGCUAACAACUCCGGUCAAACGAACGAACGCCCGCGCAACUUAAACAGCGUUGGCUCUGUUGCAACAUUUUUAUGCUUCCGCUGGCUCAAAACAGUUCGAUUCAUCAGCACUGCUUCGGCUUCCAAAAUAAAAACACACCUGAAUAACACGUCCGUCGCUUGACCGUGAUGCUGAAUACCACACAACCUCCACGAGGCUCGUGGGAAAGGACUGUCACAGUCAGGAUGCUUUCGCGCCCACCGGUGUGCCUAAUGAAGUGGCGGGCGAGCCUUGUUUUGCACACUGGAGUCUUUUUUCAACGGCCCAGUUGAAGAUUCGCGCGUAACUGUCAGUUCUUUGUUUGUCUUUGCGACCAGUUUCAGCGCCGGAUUCCUGCGGUGUGAUAAAGCUGUUAAUGAAUGACCGGGUGACUUUCAGCGAUGAAUGUAUCAUUUACAGUGGGAUAAGAACAUCCCGCUAAACGUCUGUGACUCUGCUACUUGCAGUAGUGCAAGCAGAUGCAGUCACAGACCAAAAAAAAAUAAAAAAUGUAGGCUUCAUAUUUACACAUGCACACUUUAAAUAAUGUUUGCCCAGUACCAUGCACCAAAUAUUGCACCAGAUUAGAAGCAUUAGGUAGUUAUUAUUUAGGCAUUGUUUAAUUGCUUUUUCUGUUUUGUAUCGCCUAAUUUUUCAUGUGCCCACUUCCUCUUGUGUAAAUGAUGCUGUAGUUCCUCUUUAUAGUCUACUUACACUGAACACACAAGUCCAUUUGUAUAAUAUGUUCAUAGUACCUCAGUCAAUCAUUGUGCACACUUUCUGGUUAGGCGCUAAACUGCAUUUCGCCGCUCUGUACCUGCACGCGGCAAUAAAGUUGUAUCCAAUCUAAUUUAAAUAUUAAUGGCGGCCAAAUGUGUCUUAAACUGUUGCUCUCGUAAAAUGGGCUAUCAAAAAAAAAAAAAAAAAUAAAUAAAUAAAUAAAUAAAAAUCAUUUGGAAUGAAUUAAAAGUCACAGGCUGCAUUAUGGGUGACUAUUCAUUGCGGCAGAGGUUGUGUGUGUGUGUGUGUGCGUUCGCAUGUGUGCGCACAUACUGGGGGUCAUGCCAACAUGGGAGGGACCGGACCGUCAAGUGGACAGCUCUCGAGCCCGCCUGCCCGCCCACCGCGCGCCACUCCACACCGGGAGCAGCGGGUGAGGUUGAUGCCAGCCAGAGAUGGAUGGAUGGAAACCUGCACAGUGACACAACUACAGGAAAAGAGGAGGCGUUCGACGAGUGUGAGAGUGAAAACUGCGAGAGUUACGGAACGCGCGGGGGGGAGAAAUAUAGAGGAGAGGAGAGGAGAGGAGAGCAACUGGAAAAAGCCGGAAUCCCUCUGCUUACUGGUUCCUCUCUGCCCGCACCGAUGUCCGAGGCCCGUCCGGUGCCAAGGCAAGACCGAGACGGAGCGCACACGAACGGCCGCUGGAGUGGAAAGCCGCUUCUUUCCGGUGGAACCGCUGGAGCUCUUCUGUGUGACUGAGACCUGAUGCGCGGACUCUUUCUCAUCAAAGUGGAAGUGACAGAGCUUUGACGUGUUUCGCUGUGCAGUGAUGGAUUCACCCCCAGAUGUCUUUGACGAUUCUGCUCCUCAGAUACAUAACUUUACUCCCACACUCAACUCGACGGACCUCUCUGGAGUUCACCCUCAGGGCGGCGCCGGUCGCCCCGCUGCUGCUGCUGCCGCAUUCAGACCUCCUGGCUUCCCCCUCAUCCACCACCUCCUCCAGCCGGGCGGAGGAGGAUCCAGGAGGAUCGGGGGGCUGCUCAACACAAGCCUGAGCAGGCACCUGGAAGACCGAAACCUGGAAGAAGAAGCAGAGAGAGACGGGCGGAGCGAGCUGGAGGUGGAGGCCGGCGAGGAGGGGGUGAUGGACGGAGAGGAGAGCUUGCUGGGGGUGAAGAAGAGGCACAACGACGCCGCCCUCAUGGCCGAGUGGAGCCAGGACAUACUGAAGGUGAAGCGGAUGAAGCUGGAGGGCCGUCACAGAGACGGGGAGGCGGAGGACGGGGGGAAGAGGCGCGAGGGAGGGAAGGAGGGACGGAGGAGAGAGAGGGAGGAGCUGAAGGAGCAGCUGGAAGAGGCGAGGGAGAGGCUGCAGGCGCUGCAGGAGAAAGUUUGGAGGGCUUUUGGGGAAAAGCACCUGGUGGACGAGGAGAAGAAAAGAAGGUGUGGAAACGGCGGCGGGGCCGGCGGAGGAGGAGACGUAGAUGAGGGCAUAAUGGAGGAAGAGGAGGACAUUGCCGAGGGGAUGUACGACGAAGAGGACAUUGACGGUGGGGUGAUGGAGAAGGAGUCGUUCUCCCUCCUCUCCGCGUCUCCUUUUAACAGUUUUCACAAGCGCAAAGAGGAAAAGGGCAGAGAUGGGCGGGCGGAGAAGGCGAGGGGGCUGCACCUGGAGGGCGUGAUGGAGGGAGCCGGGUUGUGGUUGGACUGCGGGGGACUGGUGAGGGGAGACUGGGACGGGGGGAUGGAGGACGAGGGGGAGGAGGGCGGGCAGAAGUUCGCCCAGGCGCUGAAGCUGGAGCUGGGCAGCGCCGUGGCCCGGGUCAUCGACCGAGUCCUCCGCCUCUACACCGAGAUGACGGACUUCGCGCCGUCCUCCCCGCCCGCCGCCAUCUCCUUCCUCCCGUCCGAGACGGGGGGGGCCGACGGCGGGAAGGAGCGGGGGGUGUGGAUGGGGCUCUUGACGAGCGGGAGGCGGGACGCGGCGAGGGGGAGGGAGGAGAAGGCGGGGGGGCAGGACGGAGACAGGGAGAAGCAGAAGGCGCUGCCUCCCGGGCCGCCGGCGGAUCUCGCCGUGCCGCUGGCCGCCCGGAGGUCACCUGACACGCGGAAGGCCUACCCGCUCCUCGGCCCGCCUCCUCUCUCCACUCACCCGAACCUCUCCCUCCAUCACCCCUCCUUACCCCGCCCCCCUCCUCUUUCACACCCUCCCAUCCUGCCCCCAACUUCACAACCCAAAGAUCCCUCCUCUUCCUCUUUCCAUCCGUCGUCCUCCUCCUCUUCUUCCUCCUCGUCCUCCUUCCCCGCACCCCACCCUCCCCCUCCCCCUCCGCCGCCCCCUCCCCCGCCGCCUCUCCCCCUCCCGUUGCUCCACUACUCCAUGCAGCAGCUCUUCUCCCGCUCGCUCCACCACCCCCAGCUCCCCCACCUGCCCCCGUCCCGCAAGGACUAUUUGAACUCCGACCCGUUCCUGGAGUUCUCGUCCCAUCACCCAGCGUCCCACCACCACCCCUCCUUCCCCCCGCUCCCCCUGCUCGGCCACCUGGACCCGUCGCUGGGGCGCCACCCGCACGGAGGCAGGGAGAGGGAGAGAGGGAUGAGGGGGGACGGCGGCAUGAGAGGAGGGGGAGGGAUGGACGGAGGAGACCUCUACCUGACAGCUGGAGGAGUGUACACCCAGGAGGGCCUGUCUCCUUGCCACCUGAAGAAAGCCAAGCUCAUGUUCUUCUACACCCGCUACCCCAGCUCCAACACGCUCAAGACCUACUUCCCUGACGUCAAGUUUAACCGCUGCGUGACCUCCCAGAUGAUUAAAUGGUUCAGUAACUUCAGGGAGUUCUUCUACAUCCAGAUGGAGCGCUUUGCACGGCAGGCUGUCCGCGAGGCUCUCACACGGGACGGCGCGCCUCGUCUGGGCCGCGAGAGUCAGCUGCGAGUGGGUCGCGACACCGAGCUGUACCGCAUCCUGAACAUGCACUACAACAAAAGCAACAUCUACCAGGUUCCAGAGAGGUUCAUCGAGGUGGCCGAGGUGGCUCUGAGAGAGUUUUACUCCGCCAUCUGGACGGGGAGAGACAGCGACCCCUGCUGGAAGAAGGGAAUAUAUAAAAUCAUCUGUAAACUCGACAGUCCUCUGCCGGAUGCGUUCAGGCUGCCGGGCUGUCCCGUCGGCUGAAGGCGGCUUCUUCAUCUGUCAGACAGUUUCCCUAAAAAGAGAGGACGUUUAUGAAGCUGGUAUGAGGUCGUUGAGUUCCUACAUUCAGCUCACUCACUUUGAGGAAGUAAAAAAACAAACAACAACAACAAAAAAAAGAUUAUUCACGACAAUUCAAGUAUUUAUCUACACAUAUAGUGUCAUUCAGCCAGGCUCAAUAGGCCGACGCACUCAGCGAUGCAAUCUUGUGACUGCACUUAUCGAGGAACGCGACCUCACCAUUGAAUUAAAGUGGACAGGGCAGGAAUUCCCUGUCCGAGCAUUCUUCAGCCGGUCAGCUGACCUGUGAAAAACGCAGCGAAAAUUAGAGACACGGAGCAGUUUAUUUUUAGCUGUUUUUAAACAAUGCUGCCGUGGAAACGUGGACAGCUGUUUGUCGCCGUGGGAUGGUCAGAUGUGGCUCUGAGCCACUCAAACUUUAUUCAGAUUAAGAUCUUAUUUGCGUUCCCUGGGAAUCACUUUUAAACGAGUGAUUCCAGUAGUGCUGCGAAUACUUUCACAUAAAGAAAAUUCCCCUUUCCCGAUAAACAAAAAAAUCUGCAGUGUAACGACACACAAUCACAGCCGAGCAUUUCACCACAAUUAGGGAUGUCGGUCAUUAAUCAGUAAAUAUGAUCGUUUUCAUCUGACGUCGCUCUUUGCUAGAAAACGUUUGAGGAAAACUUUUGUCACACGUCGUUUUAAAUAUAAGACUUUAAAUGUGAGGUCACCCUCGGUUUCAUGGCACAAUCGGGUCAGUGUUUCCAGUCAGCUGCUUGUAUAUCCACCAACAUUCAAUGUUAACUUAUUAUGGAGCUUUUGUACAUGACGGCACAAUCAAAGUGUAAUUUACAGCUCUGUCCAGAGGGACAAUAUAUUGAAUUUAAAGUAGUAAAAAUUAAUGUUUUGUUGCUUCCUUGAUGUGCUCUUAUUGUUGAAAUAUUUACUUAUGAUUUCUUUCAGUGUUACACUUAACUAAAUAGGGCACUCGCACAAAUUGGCAAAUAUAUAUUGAGGGAACUUCAUUGUAUAUCAUGACUCUUUUAUCUGGAAGGAAGUUUCAGUUCAUGUUGGUGGUGUGUUCAAGUGCAUGUUUCCUAUAUUUGCAUUUUGUAUCGUAUUCUGUUACGUUUCUCUCUUUUAUAUUGUACAUAACACCGCAUCUUUCUUUACUGUAGGUCUGUGCCUCAUUCCAACUUUGGUGAAUUUUGGUGUUUAAACUUAUCGCAUUAAAGUGAUUCCAAGCUUG